AUGGCCGCAAGAAACGCCGACUCGAUGACCAACGCCCAAGGCGAAUUCAUGCCUCACAAGCCUCGCGAUGAACCCAUUGAGACCAAGGGUCACCAAGUAGGCCAAAAGGUCUCGCCGGCAGACCACGCGCCCGAAUUCUCCGCCAAAACACUACCACCGGGCACGGCGCCCGCAAACGCAACAUACCAACCGAACCCAACGAGCGAAGUACCGGGACAAGCCUUCAACGACAACGUCGACCGCUCGCACGGCAAGGAAGGCGUGCGCACCGACCCGCUCAGCACGCUUCCCGGCGCAACCUCCGCCGACGUGCACACCGGGCUCGGCCACCCGGGACAAGGCCAGACGUCGACGGAGAUCCGCCACGAGGGACACCACACGCGCAAAAAGCACACCUCUGGCCCAGAGGGCGCUGGCGCAUCGGGCGGCUCGGGCCUGCAAGACCCCACGGACGUGAACACUGAGUUCCGCAGGCUGCAGCAGGAAGGGGAUCACCCUAGAGGACCUCUCGCGGGACACAACGUGAGAAAAGAGGGCGCCGAGGCAAAGGAGCCCGUGAGUGCAGAGUUCCUCGCCGCCGAGGGCGCAAAGCCUGGAGAGUACGCAAAGUACUCAAAGUCCAAGGGUGCCACCACGGGUGUACCUGACAGGGGAGCCGGGAACGCUCGCGAGUAA